AUGGCUGUCUCCAAAAAAACACGCCUUUCAACUUUGCAGCUCGAGAUUGACGACUACGUACACUUUUGUACAAAGGAAGCCCGUCCGUCUACUACUGAAAACUUGUACCUGUGGUGGUUCCAAAACAAAGCUCGUUUCAAAAAUUUAUAUCCGAUUGCGGUUCAAUAUAUGUCGCCACCAGCUAGUUCCGUUUCUUCGGAGCGUGUUUUCAGUAUGUGUGGUUUAAUUUGGAAAAACAGUCGACGACAGCGGAUGGCCCCUACAACAUUGAAGUCGGCCCUUAUAGAG